AUGACUUCUGCACCAACAAAACAGCCCAACUUCUUGCCUAGUCGGCAUGAGCUGGGUAUCGUCGCGGUCGGCUUCAGUGGCGGUCAGCCCAAAGCUGGUGUCGAUGCCGCCCCCAUGGCCCUCAUCGAAAACGGCCUCAUCAAGCAGCUAGAAGAAGACCUAGAGUACAACGUCACCUACGACGGCCAAGUCCACAACUACUCUGAGCUCCAGCCAACCGAGGACCCUGACUACCGAGGCAUGAAGCGCCCCAAGUUCGCCAGCGCCGUAACCCGCGAAGUCAGCAACCAGGUGUACAAGCACGCCAAAGACGGCAAGCUCGUCCUCACCCUCGGCGGCGACCAUUCCAUCGCCAUCGGCACCAUUUCCGGUACCGCAAAAGCCAUCCGCGAGCGUCUCGGCAGGGAAAUCGCAGUCAUCUGGGUCGAUGCCCAUGCUGAUAUUAACACGCCUGAGACGUCUGACAGCGGUAAUAUUCACGGCAUGCCUGUUUCUUUCCUAACGGGCCUUGCGACUGAAGACCGCGACGAUGUUUUCGGGUGGAUCAAAGAGGAGCAUCGACUCAGCUUGAAAAAGCUUGUGUACAUUGGUCUACGGGAUAUCGACAAGGGAGAGAAGAAGAUUCUGAGAGAGCAUGGCAUCAAGGCGUUUUCUAUGCACGAUAUCGACAGGCACGGCAUCGGCAAGGUCAUGGAUAUGGCGCUGGGCUGGAUCGGAAGCGAUACCCCCAUCCACCUCUCCUUUGACGUCGACGCCCUCGAUCCCAUGUGGGCACCCAGCACCGGUACGCCUGUCCGUGGCGGUCUCACGCUAAGAGAAGGCGACUUCAUCGCCGAGUGCGUUGCCGAGACGGGCUCGCUGAUUGCGCUUGAUCUUGUCGAGGUCAAUCCUAGCCUUGACGCCGAGGGUGCAGGCGAUACUGUGCGUGCCGGUGUGUCGAUUGUUAGGUGUGCACUCGGUGAUACGCUCUUGUAG